GCGGGCCCGGAGCGCAGUCGCUGAGCUGCUGCGGCCAUGAUCAUCCCCGUGCGCUGCUUCACGUGCGGCAAGAUCGUCGGCAACAAGUGGGAGGCCUACCUGGGGCUGCUGCAGGCCGAGUACACCGAGGGGGAUGCCUUGGACGCACUGGGACUGAAGCGCUACUGCUGCCGCCGCAUGCUGCUGGCCCACGUGGACCUGAUCGAGAAGCUGCUGAACUACGUGCCCCUGGAGAAGUGACCAUGUGCACCAUGGCAGUAUCUGGCCAGAGUCUCUUUCGCAGAAGUGUGGGUAGCCGGAAGCAGUGCCUGCCCACAGCUGUGUGGACCUUCAUCUUCUGCUUUGGAAUCAUCCAGUAAAGGUCUUUGCAGAAUCAUAAGGAGGUCUGGCU